CGUUUGAACCGGGGUCUUAUUUAAGGAGCUCAUCUCAGCCCUCGGUCCUGGUCCCAGUGGAAGCAUCCGUCUACCAACGCACCUUGACCACUCCAACGAAGCCUAAUCAUGUGCGACGACGACGAGACCACCGCCCUCGUGUGCGACAACGGCUCUGGCUUGGUCAAGGCCGGAUUCGCCGGAGAUGACGCUCCCCGUGCUGUCUUCCCUUCCAUCGUUGGAAGGCCCCGCCACCAGGGUGUGAUGGUGGGUAUGGGUCAGAAAGAUAGCUACGUAGGUGAUGAAGCCCAGAGCAAGAGAGGUAUCUUGACUCUCAAGUACCCCAUCGAGCAUGGCAUCAUCACCAACUGGGAUGAUAUGGAGAAGAUCUGGCACCACACCUUCUACAAUGAGCUGCGUGUGGCCCCCGAGGAGCACCCUACCCUGCUCACGGAGGCCCCUCUCAACCCUAAAGCCAACAGGGAAAAGAUGACACAGAUCAUGUUUGAGACUUUCAACGUCCCCGCCAUGUACGUGGCCAUCCAGGCCGUUUUGUCCUUGUACGCUUCCGGCCGUACCACGGGUAUCGUGCUGGACUCCGGUGACGGUGUGACCCACAACGUCCCCAUCUACGAGGGCUACGCUCUGCCGCACGCUAUUAUGCGUUUGGAUCUGGCUGGUCGUGACCUCACCGACUACCUGAUGAAGAUCCUGACCGAGCGCGGCUACUCUUUCGUCACCACCGCCGAGCGUGAGAUCGUGCGUGACAUCAAGGAGAAAUUGUGCUACGUGGCACUGGACUUUGAGAACGAGAUGGCCACCGCCGCCUCUUCCUCCUCCCUGGAGAAGAGCUACGAGUUGCCCGACGGACAAGUCAUCACCAUCGGUAACGAGCGUUUCCGUUGCCCCGAGACCCUCUUCCAGCCCUCUUUCAUUGGUAUGGAGUCCGCCGGCAUCCAUGAGACGGCCUACAACAGCAUCAUGAAAUGCGACAUCGACAUCCGUAAGGACCUUUACGCCAACAACGUGCUGUCCGGUGGUACCACCAUGUACCCCGGUAUUGCUGACCGUAUGCAGAAGGAGAUUACAGCUCUGGCCCCAAGCACCAUGAAGAUCAAGAUCAUCGCCCCGCCUGAGAGGAAGUACUCCGUCUGGAUCGGCGGCUCCAUCCUGGCUUCCUUGUCCACCUUCCAGCAGAUGUGGAUCAGCAAGCAGGAAUACGACGAGGCGGGCCCCUCCAUUGUCCACAGGAAAUGUUUUUAAAUACGCAACCGACCUCGUUGUUCUCGGUGUCCGUCUUUGUCGCCUGUACAUAUAUGUUCUGUUGUAAUAAAAGGAAGCCCUUGUGAGA